AAAAAAAAAACAUUCAACCGGUUCUCCUCCCCUUUUUUUCCCUUCUAAAGCAAAAUCACAUGAUGUGUAUUUUGUCAUAUGACGCCAAUGAGACGACUACUCCCACCUCAAUCGAGCUUCACUAGGGGAAAAAAAACAGAUGUCAGUGAUUUGUUAGGGGGCAGAUGAUGCUUUAGAUGAACUUUGAAGAGGAGAAGAGUUGUGGACCAUCAAGAGGGGGAGGAUGGACCGCUGGGCACCUCUGCCCCUGAUCUCCGCCUUUUGCUUCAUUGGCAUGGUGAUGAGUCAGACCACACCCACUCCUGCUGUCCUCACCGCCAUUCCAGUGGAGAACGCAACUGUUCUGACGCCAACUUCUGCUCCUGUCAGCAGCACUACCCCCAGCUGCUCUGCGUUCAACAUUUCCAACUGUGAGCCCUGUGCACCCGGAUGGCAGUACGACAAUGGCACCCUGCUCUGCGCGUGCUGCUCGGAGCCUGGGUCGUGUCUAUUUCCUGGAGCUUGUCUGCCAUGCACCGUUGGCUUUUACCAGCCACUGGCUGGACAACAGCAGUGCCUGCCCUGUGGACGAGGCUUCUACACAAAUUUUACUGGGAGCCCAUUGUGUCAGCCGUGCCCCCCUGGUUCCUUCAACAACAACACUGGUGCAGACAGCUGUGCAAGUUGCUCUCCAGGUUUCUUCUCCUCCCUGCACAGUUCCACAUCGUGUGCGCCGUGUUCACGAGGGAGUUUUUGCAACUCCUCUGGUUGCUCCCAAUGCCAGACGUGUCCCGGGGGGUCAGAGGCACUGCAGUCUGCAGCAAAAGAUUGCACUCCGUGUCGACCAGGCAUGCAUAAGGCUCCUCAUCAGACAAUGUGUCAGAUCUGCAGUAGUGGCUCCUUCCAGAUCAACUGGGGCCAAGAGAGCUGCGAUAUCUGCCCAGAAAACCACUACUGUCCAAGUCCAGACGUGAACCCCAUUCAUUGUCCCAGCGAUGCCUUCUGUCCAGAGGGCAGCGCAGCUCCAGGCUACUGCAUGGAGACUUUCUUUCGCAAAGCGGGAGACACCUGUGAACUGGCUCCAGUCACCAUUGCUUUAUUAGUAAUCGUGGGAGGGGUGGCUCUACUCUUCAUUAUUGUAAUGGUCGCACGCAAAAUGAGAGACACCGAUGGGGAGCUGAGUGUGUCCCGUGCCCCGCUGUUACGCAAAGAGAGGCCUCAAGGUCGCUAUUAUGGAAUUCCCUGUGAUGCAGAGCCUGUGUAUGCUGGCUGGUGAACCAAAAGGAGAAACCAAAAGUGGACAUACUGAAGUUACUGAAACACGUGUUGGCACUCGUGUGAGGCAUUCUAGUUUGAUACAUUCACAGUUGUCGAACACUGUCCUUUUGUGAGUGAGAUUAUUGGAUUAGGAGCGUCAUGCUGCAAAAGCAGAUGCAUGCCCUGACUUGGUGGGAACAUUUCUUAGUUU